AUGAGAAGGGGCUACAGUUACAGUCCUUCACCACCAAGGGGCUACAGGAGAAGGGAGCGCAGCCCAAGUCCCCGUGAUUAUUAUGGUGGCCGUGGUAGGGAUCUCCCAACCAGUCUUCUGGUCAGGAAUCUCCGUCGGGACUGCAGGCCAGAAGACCUCCGUCGCCCAUUUGGACAGUUUGGUCGACUUAAAGAUAUAUAUCUUCCAAGAGAUUAUUACACUGGGGAGCCCCGAGGGUUUGGGUUUGUCCAGUAUUAUGAUCCUGAUGCUGCUGCUGAUGCAAAGUACUAUAUGGAUGGGCAGGUAGUUCUUGGUAGGCAAAUAACAGUUGUUUUUGCAGAGGAAAACAGGAAGAAGCCUCAAGAGAUGAGAGCUAGGGACAGAGUCAGGGGUCAUUCUUAUGAUCGGAGGUAUUCUCGCUCUAGGUCCCCUCGUUAUUAUAGGGGCCGCUCUCCUUCACGCAGCCGAAGCUACUCGAGGUCUCUUUCACCUCAGGAUCCAAAACACAGACUUAGAGAGAGGUCCUACUCCGGCUCACCUGUGGACAGCAGAUCAAGAAGUGGGAGCCCUUAUGAGGAUGGAUAUCGCAGAUCGUCUCGAAGAGAGAGAUUAUCAUUCCCAGCACCAGAGAAGUAUCGUGAGACUGUUUGCUGUACUUAUUAG